AUGGCGACCACAGCCCCGGCACACUCACCAGCUCUCACAUUCCCACGCCCCAUCUUCGCCGCCGUCUCGCCGCACCCAUUCCUGCAAGCCCACCUCUCGGCAGCCAAAACCAGCACAGCCGCACUCCGCGCCAAUGGACGCACACCACACGAGUUCCGAGCACCCGGCGUAAACACACGAAGUCUGACGCAUUGCAAUGGCAGCGCCGUGGUGCGGUUGGGAAACACCAGCGUGGUCUGCGGCGUGCGGGCCGAGAUACUGAAAGAGGCCGACAUACCAGGUGGCCACGAGUUUUCUCCACAACCGACAGCAGAGGGUACCGAUGAAGACGACAGAGAAGAGGUGGAUACGUUGAGACUCGUAGUGCCAAAUGUCGAACUCAGCACUGGAAGCACGCCCCAACACAUCCCCGGCAAUGCACCGACCUCGUAUGCGCAAACCCUCAUCACAAGAAUUCGCUCGCUGCUGCUCUCCACACGUCUCCUCCGCGCCUCGGAUCUCCGCAUUCUGUACACGCCAUCUACAAACCCUGAGGAUGCGUCAGAAGACGCGGAAACGCAAUUGAAAGGGUACUGGGUGCUGUACCUUGAUGUCUUCUUCAUCAGCAUCGAUGGAAACGCGUUCGACGCUGCUUGGAUUUCUAUUCUCGCUGCGCUGCGUGACACACUUCUUCCCCACGCGUACUUUGACGAGGAGUUCGAGGGUUUACUGUGUUCGGACGAUCCUGUGGAGGCAAGGCGGUUGCAACUGCGCGGGUUGCCGGUGCCGAGCACGUUCGCGGUCUUCGAGGGGCGCAAAGAGGAUGGCGGCGAGGAGGUGGAUUGGGUGCUGAGUGAUCCUGAUGCGUUUGAAGAAGGUGUGUGUCAAGAGAAUGUGUGUGUGGUUGUCGAUUGUGCAGAGGGGAAGAAGGGGACCAAGGAUGCGGUGUUAAGGAGAGUGGAGAAGAGUGGUGGUGGGGUUGUGGAAAGGGAGGCGAUGAAGGGAUUAGUCAAGAGGGCUAUUGAUCGUUGGGGUGUGGUCGAGGCUGCGCUGGGUCAGCAAUCAUAG